AUGGAUGAUAACUUAGAAACCCGUAUUCAAAUAGAAGAAGAUGCUGAAUCAGCAAUCAAUUUUAAUCCACAUAAUGGCAAAUCACAACAAUUAAAACACGAAUAUAUGAUAUCACAAAAUAAUAUUGAUUAUGAUGAGAAAUUGAAAUUGAAUAUGGGAGAAUAUUUUACUUAUAGAUACUUUACUGUUUCUGAUAAUAAACUUGUUUCUGUACCAAUUUAUAAGGAAAAAAAAAUCGGAAUUUUCGAUUUUAAAACCAAAAACCGGCAUAAAUUAAGUCUCCCUGGAUCAGAAUUUAAUGUUGGAUGCCUAGCAUUUGUGGAAGGAGGUGAUUUUAUUAUGGUCAAUUAUUAUGAUAAGUCGCCACGUAAGGCAUAUGUUUUUACUCAAAAAAAAAAUAGCACAGAAUUGACUCACAAAUUAACAAUGAAAUUGGAAUUUAUUGAUGAAGUUUUCAUAAUACCUAGAGGAAAGUUAUUUAUGUAUAAUAGUGAUAUAGGUUAUAUUACAAAAUGGGAUAUCAAAACUUUAAAAUUUGAGUCAUACUUUUUAUUCAAAUCUUAUUAUGAUGUUAAAGAUAUAAAAUUAAGCGAUGAUGGAUUAUUAUUAUUUGUAUACGGAACAAAAGUCACAGUAGUUGAUGAUUUAGAGGAUUCUAAGUUAUUGACAGAUGAUUCUUACUCAACCAUAUCUAUUUAUUUGGCUACAAAUGAAAUGAAGUUUACAACAU